AGCAGAAAAAACCAGACCAGACCAGCGGAAAACAAUAUCAUACUGAAGCAAGGGACAAGAUGAGAAGCAGCACACUGUCUAUAUUAUGUUCUUUGUUGGUGCUCCAGCAGCUGGUGUCUGGACAGCAGUGUGGUACAGUCGGUCGUGUGGGCAGUACAAGGACUGGUGAUAAUAGAGCACGGGAUCAGUUCUUCAUUGAUCGUGGUAAUCGUGCUGGAUGUGCUGGGAUGAUCACCUCACUCUCUUACUGUUUCCAUCGACCACCAUUGACUGCUCCAGUUGCUAAUGAAUUCCUGACUAUACAAUUGCUGUGUACAGACCAGCGAGUACCAAUGCAAAUGAGAAGGUAUUUACUGUAGUUUCUUCACCGAUCACAAUAACAAAGUCAGCUACAGAGCUUUACACUGAAUUAAACGCUGCUGCUGAUACUGACUUGUUUGCCUGCUCUGUAUUUAACCUACCACAAGUAGUACCCAUGGCGACUGGUGAUGUUCUUGGAGCGUGUGUGUUUGACCCCCCUGACACUACAAGUGGUGUCAUUACCUAUCGCCUUGAUAUAGUCAGUAGAGCUGCUGGUGGUAGUGAAAACAUUGUGAGAACUAAUUCACAGCCCAGUGCCCCUGACGGCUCCAGUGCCACUACUGUGCCAGGUUCCUUUGAUGAAGGUAACUUUUAUGUUGAUAAUAGAACGAGCACUGACAGAUCUCUUCAUCUCUGGGCAAACAUAGAACAGAUUACAACUGAAGCAACUACAACUGAAGAACCUGGUCCACUGAUUACUGAUGGGGACUCUACUACUUCCACCACAAACCGAGGGACAACGAGUAACCCUGAUGCCACCACUGCACAAUCCAUUAGUGGUGGGGGAGGUGGUUCUAACGUAGCAACCAUUGCCAUUGCUGUGGUAGUUGUGCUCAUUGUUGUGAUUGCUUUAGUCGCCAUACUGGUGAUAGUACUUGCGCUGUUAAGGAAACGAUCGAAAGCAUUGCACUCAGUCAACUCUAUAGCAAGAAACCAUAUCAGUAUAAAAUCCAACGAGGCAUAUGGUGUUCAUGGUGAGACUCAAGACCCUGCCACAGACUACUACGAAAAUGUUCUUGAUGAGUCAAAAGCAGAAAAUGAAACUAACACGGAGGGGCCUCUCUAUGAAAGUGUCACAGAAUCUGGAGAAGGACAAUUAUGAACUACUUCCACUCAACAACCCAAUGACGUGACUUAUGAGGAAGUACCAGGACCUACUCACUACAAUGAUUCCUGUCAGCCGAUACCUUUGGAAAACAAUGAAGCUUAUGGUGUACACAACUCAUCAGAAGUGCCGGGUGAAAUGCUCACAAGAUGUUGAUCUGCUGAAGUCCAACGAGGCGUAUGGAGUGAGAGGGGAGGUGCAAGUUGCUGCUAUUAAUGGGACCACUGAUGCAGUGUGCUAUAGUUUCAUUGACUCGCCUGGUCAGCAAUCUGGAGAGACAGCCAGUGGAACUGAAAUUCAAAUGGACAGCAAUGAGGCAUAAUUUUUAUAUAUAGCACAUCUGAGAUAGAUAGACAAACUGAGGAAACUCUUGACUAUGAUUACGUAUAAACGAAUAGUGCUAGUGAUUUAUAUUUAUAAAUGUAGUAGUGUUCAUAAUUAUAUUGUUUAUAAAUUAUUAACUCCUUUUUGUUGCAUGACAGAAAAUAAUUUUUUAGAUCUAUAUAGAGUACAAGAAUCCA